GAAAAAACGCUGAAGAACGGUUUUCUUGUAUUUGUCAUCAUGAUGCAUUCAGUUAUUGUGGAAAUGAGACCUCGUCUUCAAGUAUGCAAUGUUUUUAUUGUUGCAAAGGAAUGCCUAGAUCAAAAAGAAUCUGUCAAAAUUAAUAUUAAGACUUCAGGAGUGGAAGUGAAAUGGUUGUCUGGAACUUGUGAAAUGGUACAGGUGAUAAAUCUGCAUGACUAUAAAUUGAAGCCCCUUAGUUUGUCAACAUUGCAAGUUCAGAAGAAUUCAGUUUCUUUUCGCAUUCACACUGAGCCUGUAGUUAAUAUUUUGGGAUCAUUUGCUAGUGAAAUCUUACUAUUUGACCAAAGUUCAAGCAUGACUGAAAGUCGUAGUACUGAAAAAUUAACUCCAUACAUUUGUACUGACAGACCAUGUCAGUUGGCAUGUAAAUGUUGUGGGGAGGUUAUGUCAAAACAAGAUAUCUUAUUUACGAGAGUUCUUCCUCUGCCAUCUUCAGUGUCAGUGGAGGUUAAUGAUUGGUUUUGUCAUCAACAUUCAGAUUCCUCUAACAUGCAACACUCAAUACUUGCACCAAAGGAAACUGAUUGCUUUUAUGAUAUAUGUCUUAUAUUAUUAAGUGCAUCAUUAUUGAAUACUAGAAAUGGACAAGUUGUGAGAUGUAAACGGUGCAUGGCUUGGUUAGGUACAUGUGUGAGUUCGUCAGCAGUUAAGUUAUGGAACUGCACAAUCUCGUAUGAAGGGAAAAUUAAUUCAUCUGCUCUUGAAGAUUUCAUGCAUACAGUUAAAGAAGCAUUUAAGAACUCAUUUGGUAUGAUGUGUCGACUUGUUUUAGAGACAAGGUUUUCAGAAAAAGACUCUCAAUAUCUUUUGCUUUGGGCCAUGGAUAAAAAUCUUGACUUACUUGUGAGUAUAAAUGAAGAUGACUUUUCAUGUGUGAAAGAUGGUGUUGGGAAAGUAAUCGUGGAGUGUAAACUAAAAGUAAAGAAAACUAUGAAGCUCUUAUACAUGUAUCACAAAGAUUGUGAUAGUGUGGUUAAAACAUGGCAAAAUGAUUAUAAUGUUCAGUGUAUUGAAAUAGCAAAACAGAUGUUCACUGAAGGACUUGAAUACCUUGUGAGAGGAACACAGUUCAUACCUGCACCAUAUAAAUUAACAAACAGCUUCUUUGUUACAUAUUUAGGAUUAUGACAUAAGAUUUAUAAAACUGUGGCCCAUGUUCAGGCAUGAGACUUGAUAAUAACUGUUAGUAAGAUUCUAUUGAAGAAGGUUAAUGGGUACAACUGUUUGGUUAGUUGGUUGAAUUGAAUGCAGUAGAUUCACACACACACACACACACAUGUUAGAGGCUAAUAAUGUCUUGUUUACCAUCUUUCCUUGAUGUGAAGGUUAUACCUUACCUCUCAGCCAGGCAGGCAUUCAACUCUGGUUGUUGUUGGUAGGCAACAGUUGUAUCUGUUUGCAGGGAUGACCUCUUUCAUGGGCAUUUACAAGUGGAUGAGAUUCAUGAAUCAUGAGGAAAUAAGUUGGAGAAUACAGCAAGCAUAACUUGUUACAUGCACUAUUGGAAUGAGGUAGUUUCAGGGGAUGGGAAUGUUCUCUGAUACUCUGAUAUAAAUCUCUCAUAUUCAGUAUUCAUCAGUAACGCUGUGUCAGUUAGUGGUAAGCAAAGCACAAAAUUCUGUACUUCAUCUGGUGAUCAUAACACUCUUAAAUGGUCUUGUACUGAAACAACAGAAAUUAAUCCUUGCGUGUUUACACUAGGUUACACUCUUCUCUUCUGAAGUGAUUAACACAGUAAUUACUUUUCAUACUGAUCUGCUCAUAUUUAUUUUUAUUCCACCUUUUUUAAAAAAGAAUGGGUACCUGUUGUAUUGAAUAAAACUGAUAUGAUUAAAACAAAACAAGGCAUUGUGAUGUUAAGCAAUGCAUGACAGAUUUUUCUUUGGACUAAGGAACCAGACAAUUUCUAGCCCUCAGGGAUCCAUAUAUCAAUGGUUAACAAAAAUAAUAGACAGGGAUAUGAAGCAUGCACAUUUUUGUCAUACAGAAUGCCUUUCUGGGCCAUGCACAUGCCUUGUAAUUUUGGAAGCAGAGCACCACUGGUCUGUGUCAUUUGCAGGAUUGAAUUCCAUGUAUUACAUGGUGGAGUUAGAUUUGGAGAUGAAAUUUAAUAUGCACAUCUAUUAACUCAUCAGAGUUAUAAAAUAAAACAAACCAUUAAUUCCUCUGAUGUGUGUUGUGAACAGAAGAGUAACAGCUUGAACGUGGUGUAGCAGAAUAUGGUUUUGUAAUUAAUUAGAACUAAUUAACUCCAUGGAUCAGAGUCCUUGAGAAGCUAAUAAUCACUUAGCUAAUGAAGAAAUUCCCUGGCUUUUAUGGAAUCUGAAGGUUCAUUACAUAAAUAAUUUGAAUCUUUCAGAGUGACUAGAUUCAUUUGGCCCAUCAUUUGUGUCAAGUGAUCAAAAGACACUAGUAUUUAGGAACCAUCAUCAUUCCAAUCAUUAGGGAUCUUAUGUGACUGGAUACCUCAAACAUAGAUGGUUCCUGUGUACAUAACAGCAUUAUAUAUAACAACAAAAUAGGAUACAAGGAAUGUUAUUGAAAGACAGUUCUAUUUAAAAUGUUUUUUGCCUGUAUCAGAAGUUGGCAUACCACAAAUGUAUGGCCUGAUGACACAUGCCACAAAACAUCCAGUUUGUUGUUAGUAACAACAAUUAAUUUGUUGAGUAAAUGGUUAUAAUAAAUAAUAUAAUACGAA